GGUGUAUCAAGCACAGCAAGCCACAGGCGCAUGUCUGUUGUGUUUCCCCUUGAUUGCAUUGCAGGCGCAGCAGAAUCUGCGACCCAAAUUUGCUUGGGGAACCUUGAACGCUCGCCGUUACUCACGGUCGUUUGGCGUCCGUCCGCUUGCCAAGUCUUGCCCUCCAGCUCAGAAGACAUGAUGCCGCCAGGACCCUUCGCCUUUUCUUAGCCAUGCUGUUGCGGGUCCCUUGGUCUUCCUCUCAGCCCUCUUACAAAACUACGCUGCCGCCGUCGCACAACCUGAGCCGUUUACGGUUCUGGCCAUGAGCGCGACGGAGUCGACAUCCACUGCGGCAAAGCACAUUCAGCACGCAAAGAUAUAGCGGAACGAUGACUGGGAUACACGGAAGCAUGUUUGCGCUUCUAGAUCCCCGCGCUGCGGACUUGCCGAAACGGGCGGCUGCCGGGCAUAAUCCCACCCAUCACUUCCUCAAUCCAUACAUCUACGACCCAUCAGUCCCCCUCGCCAGUGUCGGCGCCACACUAGUCGUCCUGAUCUCCAUCCUGUCCCUCUACCAGUAUGUUCGACACCAGGCAUGGUUCUUCUGGGCAGCCAUCAUCGCCAUUGUAAUGCUCAUGCUCGGCCACAUCUGCCGACUUGUAUCCUCUCUCGACGAGUUGAAGGACAUCCCCUUUCUCGUCUCCUGGCUCAUGAUCUUGCUCGCCCCCUCCUUCCUGGCCGCCGCAUGCUACACUGCCUUCUCGCGUGUUGUGUGGUUCUCGUGUCCGACUUACGCUCUCAACUUCAAAACACUGUGGUGCUUCCCCAGAUGGAUCACGACGACCUUCGUAAUCUUCGACCUAUUUUCUUUCCUCAUCCAGCUCGUAGGCGCCAGCCAGAUCAGCCGUCAUUAUGACCAUGACGCAUCGCCGUCCCGCUCGAUCGAGGAAGCAGAGCGCAAGGUACUAGCCGGACGCGUCAUCCUGAUCCUCGGCCUGGUCUUGCAGAUGCUCUGCUUCCUCUCCUUCUCCGUCAUCAGUGUUCGCUACUUCGUCAUCUCCCAACACUGGCGCGCUUUUGACCUCGGCGACAUGAAGAUCUGGCGCAAGCUCAGCUACACUAUUAACUUCUCCUCCGUUCUGAUUGCUAUACGCGCCGUCUACCGUACCAUGGAGAUCCCGCACGAUAAGGAUUACGGACUCAUCUACCUGCAGAGCCAUGAGUGGUGCUUCUGGACGUUUGAUGCGCUGCCAAUCUUCGCGGUACUAGUUGUGUUUGCGGUGUGGCACCCUGGAAGGUACUUGCCGAGGAGCUACACAGGGCUGAAGCUAGACAAGGUCAGGGCGAUGAAAGAGAAGGACGAGAUCAGUAGUAUGGCAGGUGUGCAGUCUGAGGCGGAGCUGAAAGACUUCAAGCCCGAGGACUUCCAAGCUCAGAGACCUCAAGAACAGGUCUGAAGGGCACUCCAAACAGGCCCUACGACGAACAGGGCAUGUGAGCAUUGGCCACGAUCGAGUUGGCGUUCUGUGUAUUCGGAUUAUGUUUGAUACCAUGCAUCUAGCGAACUGGCGUUAUGGGUUUAGACCAGGAAUACCCCCCUUGUAUGUCAGUACCAUCAUCGUCAAAUGAACAGUGUU